AGAACAAGAAGAAGAAGAGAGGCAGAGGAGAUUGGCGUGAGAGAGUGAGAGUGAGACUCGGAGAGAGAGAGAGAGAGAGAGAGAGAGAGAGGAAACUGAUUUUGGGUGCAAGGGAUGCUCUCAAAACGCAGCGUUUCAGGAAAGGUUUUCUUUUUUGUUUGGGCUGGAUAGUUGAAGUGCUUGAGUAAUGAGAUAAAUAUUGAAGACAAGAAAAAUGAGUAUUGUGCCCAAGGAGACCAUUGAGGUCAUUGCACAAAGCAUUGGGAUUAACAACUUGUCUCCAGAUGUUGCACUUGCUCUUGCUCCCGAUGUGGAAUAUAGAAUGCGUGAGAUCAUGCAGGAGGCCGUCAAAUGCAUGCGUCACUCUAAGAGAACAACAUUGACAGCAGAGGAUGUUGAUGGUGCACUUAACUUGAGAAACGUUGAGCCAAUAUAUGGCUUUGCCUCUGGGGGUCCUCUACGGUUCAAAAGAGCUAUUGGACAUAGGGAUUUGUUUUACAUAGAUGACAAGGAUGUGGAUCUUAAAGAUGUGAUUGAGGCUCCUUUACCAAAAGCACCUCUUGAUGCUGCCGUUCUUUGUCACUGGCUAGCCAUUGAAGGCGUACAACCUGCUAUUCCAGAAAAUGCUUCUGUGGAAGUAAUUACAGCUCCUUCUAAUGUCAAAGAUUAUGAACAAAAGGAUGAUGGACUUCCUGUUGAUAUUAAAUUACCAGUUAGGCACAUAUUGUCUAGGGAGCUUCAGCUUUACUUUGACAAAAUCACUGAGCUAACCAUGAGUAGGUCUGAUUCGGUCCUUUUUAAACAAGCAUUAGUGAGUUUGGCAACAGACUCAGGACUUCAUCCAUUAGUUCCGUAUUUCACAUACUUUAUAGCUGAUGAGGUAUCUCGUGGUUUAAGUGAUUAUUCCCUUCUGUUUGCUUUGAUGCGUGUUGUACGGAGUCUUCUUCAAAAUCCUCAUAUUCACAUAGAGCCUUAUCUACACCAAUUGAUGCCUUCUGUGGUAACAUGCCUUGUUGCAAAAAGGUUGGGAAAUAGGUUUGCAGACGACCACUGGGAACUUAGAGACUUCACAGCUAAUCUGGUUGCUUCAAUAUGCAAAAGAUUUGGGCAUGUGUAUAACAAUCUCCAGACACGUCUGACAAAAACUUUGCUCAAUGCAUUUUUGGACCCAAAACGGUCAUUGACUCAACAGUAUGGUGCAAUUCAAGGCUUAGCAGCCUUAGGACCCAAUGUGGUUCGCAUUCUUAUACUUCCAAAUCUUGAGCCAUAUAUGCGACUUCUUGAACCAGAGAUGCUUCUUGAAAAGCAAAAGAAUGAGAUGAAGAGGAAUGAAGCUUGGCGUGUUUAUGGAGCCCUGCUGCAUGCAGCAGGUCAAUGUAUAUAUGAUCUGCUCAAGAUGUUUCCACCUCUGACAUCCCUGCCAGCACAUGCAGUAUGGAGGUCCAAUGCAAGAGUUACUACCACAGUGCCAAAUAAGCGCAAGGAGAGCAUGGAGCACUUGGAAGAGCAGCCACCCCACAAGAAAACAGCAACUGAUGGUCCAAUUAUUCCAGUUUUUACCAAUUCCUCUCCAUCUCACAUGGAAGGGAUAUCUGUGGUUCCAGUUCCUGGUGAUUCUAACAUGGGUCCAUCCUCAUCCUCUGGACAGACACCUAAUGAGAUAGUUGAUGGCAGUGGUAAGAGAGACAAAGGUGAUAAACAAGCUCUGAAGAAGUCAGCUCUCCUCAAUCAGAUAUGGAAAAAUGACUUGGAUUCUGGGCAUCUCCUGGUAUCGUUGCUUGAGCUGUUUGGUGAAGGUAUUUUAUCCUUCAUUCCAGCUCCCGAGAUGUCUUUGUUCUUGUGACCAUUUGUACAAAGAUGGAAGCUUCCAUUUUUAUGGUUAUGUAUACGGAUUUGAAGAUUGAAUGAUAGAGAUCUCAAGAUCAAAUUUUCAGUAAAAUUCUGCGAAAUUUUUAUGGCACUCA